AUGGCCCUCAGUGCACCCCUGUGGAGUCCCUCCAGCAGGCGCCUCCUGGCCGGUGUCAGGCUCACCAGCGGGAAGGCGUACAGGAGGACCGAGGACGCCGCGGCCUGGUUGAGCCGGAGGGCCCACUUGGUGGAGCAGCCGCGGCCACGCAGCUGCAGCCUGCUGAUGACGCCCUGGACGCGCCGCACCUUGGUGGCAGCAGCCUUGGCAACCGGGAUCCAGGCACACGUCAAAGAACCUCAGCUGGUGAAAAUCUCUGGGCCCACUACUGCGGUGCGCAUCACAGACGAUGAAUCGUCUCAUGCGCACCUGCCCAUCCGGAAGCGGAUUACCUUGCGAAUCCAGGAGAGUGCCGAUGUGCUCGAGGAGUGGGGACUCGCUGGUGAAGUCGUCGUCAAUGAAGCAGCAGAAGCGGUGGUGGAGGUGAAGGCGGCAGUUGAACGGAACACCUGUCAAUACUGCUCGAAGCGGUUCAACUCGUCCAGCAAGCACAGGUUGCACGAGUUGCGACACCGCAGCAAACUUGACGGCCGCUACCGGUGCAUCAAGUGCGGCAAGUGUUUCGUGCAGAACUCUUCCCUGAUGACGCACGUGCGCAGCCACACGGGAGAGCGUCCCUACCACUGCAAGGUGUGCGGUGCCGACUUCGGCGACGUCUCCUGCUACAACAAGCACAAGCGCACACACACCGGCGACCGACCGUACAACUGCUUCGGCUGCGCCAAGGCGUUCACCCAGUCCGGCAACCUGUACCGGCAUAUGCGCAUUUGCGCCAAAGUCAAAAAUAUGGCACCAAAUCUUGCAUGA